ACUGGGAGCAGCUAUGAGCAAGCGGAACCAGGUUUCGUACGUGCCGCCAGCUGAAUCGGCGUUCCUGGCUCGCUUCAAGGAACAGGUUGGCUACAGGGAAGGGCCUACGGUGGAAACCAAGAGAAUCCAGCCUCAGCUCCCAGAUGAAGAUGGUGACCCCAGUAACAAAGAAGAUGAACAGCCCCAAGUGGUGGUUUUAAAAAAGGGAGACCUGUCAGUUGAAGAAGUCAUGAAAAUUAAAGCAGAAAUAAAGGCUGCCAAAGCAGAUGAAGAACCGGCUACACUUGAUGGAAGAAUCAUGUAUGGAAAACCAGUCAAAUGUUCCUUGAAUGAAAAAUAUUCAGGUUUAACAGCAAGCUUAAGAAAGAGGAAGGCAAAUGAAGAUGAAAUAAAUAAGCAGGACUCAGUUAAAAAGAACUCACAAAAGCCAAUCAAAAACAGUUGCCGCCUUUCUUUUGACAAUGAAGAUGAAACUGAGUAAGUGUAAAUAUUUUGGACUUAGGGCGCCUGGGUGGCUCAGUCGGUUAAGCGACUGCCUUCGGCUCAGGUCAUGAUCCUGGAGUCCCUGGAUCGAGUCCCGCAUCGGGCUCCCUGCUCCAGUCUGCUUCUCCCUCUGACCCUCCUCCCUCUC